CCUUCACAUAUGUUUUAUUUGCACUCGAUUUAUGUCCUUCAUCUCUCUUUUAAUCCUCCACUUCUACACGUCCCUUUCCCCAUCCAUCCGCGGCCCGAGGACAAACCAUGCGUGUAGGGAGGGAGAGAGAGAGAGGUGGAGAGACAGAGAGAGAGAGGGAGGGGGUAGAGAGAGAGCGAGAGCGAGCACAGAGCGGCAGUACCGGGAUCAGCUUUCUCUCCUACUUUCAUUCUAACAUCCGAUGCUUACCGCCUCGAGUGGCCGGUACGAGGACACCAGCACAUUUAUAGCUGUUGUUCUCGGUCCUUCUGGCAAUGAACAAAUGUGUUCAUGCCUGUUUUGAUUCUACGCUGGAGUGCUUUGAGAAGAACAUGCUGAUGAGCAAGGCAAGGGCGACUGGAAACCCCUUCAGCCCAUGCGUUUGGUUAGGCGGGCCAGUGAGUAGCUCCAAGUGGAUCAAGAGUUGAAGAAGGAGCGUCCUAGACUAUUGAGUGAGCUGGUCGCACUGCUUUCACCUCUACGCAUCAUCUCCCACCGGCCUAAUCCUCUACCUUCCCUUUUCCAUCCCACUUCUCGUGGGAACCACACACAGCCGGACAUGUCUCUCUUGGCCUCCCCCGCCCCCUGCCUCCUCCUCCUCGUCCUCCUCCUCCUCCACCCACUGCCUCCCUGCCAGCCGGAGUCCCAGCGCAGCAACCCCAGCAGCGAGCCUAGCAGCGACCCCGUGAGUCUGGGGGCCACGUCCUCCAUGUUCCCCUCCCAAUUCCUGCCGUCGGCGUCCUACAGCAACAGCACCGCGCCUGGCAAAAAGGAUAAGUGCAUCGAAGACACGGUGUGCUUGCCCGGCAUCCUUCUCCCCGUCUGGCAGCCCAACCAGCCCAAGCUUGGCGAACAAGUGGCCAGAGCGGUGGUCUACUUCGCCUCGCUCAUGUACAUGUUCCUGGGAGUGUCCAUAGUAGCGGACCGCUUCAUGGCGUCCAUAGAGGUCAUCACGUCCCAGGAGAAGGAGGUCACCAUCACCAUGCCCAACGGGGAAACCUCGGUGGCAACGGUUCGAAUCUGGAACGAAACUGUGUCCAAUCUGACCCUCAUGGCUCUCGGCUCCAGUGCUCCGGAGAUACUGCUGUCGGUUAUAGAGGUGUGCGGUCACGGCUUCGAGGCCGGUCAGCUGGGCCCGGGAACCAUCGUCGGCAGCGCCGCCUUCAACAUGUUUGUGAUCAUCGGGAUCUGCGUGUGGACGAUCCCCGUGGGCGAGACCCGCAAGAUCAAGCACCUCAGGGUGUUCUUCAUCACCGCCUUCUGGAGCAUCUUCGCCUACAUCUGGCUCUUCCUCAUCCUGUCGGUCAUGUCGCCGGGCAUUGUAGAGGUGUGGGAGGCUUUGGUCACCCUGCUCUUCUUCCCAGUGUGUGUCCUCCUGGCCUGGAUCGCCGACCGCCGCCUGCUCUUCUACAAGUACAUGGGCAAGCGCUACCGCGCCGACAAGCGCCACGGCAUCGUCGUGGAGACCGAGGGAGACCUUACGCCCACCAAGGGCGACAUGGAGAUGAUCAUGGACGGCAAGUUCCGGGGGGGCACCGUGGUGCCCGGCGAAAGCUGCGGGGGCGGAACCCAGGACGGCACGGCGGGCGCCGUCUCCAAUAACCUGCCCAACUCCAACAGCGCGAUGGUCAACGUGGAGAGCAGCAAGGAGCUGGACGAUAGCCGCAAGGAGGUGAUUCGCAUCCUGAAGGAGCUGAAGCAGAAAUAUCCGGACAAAGAGCUGGACCAGCUGGUGGAGCUGGCUAACUACUACGCUCUGCUGCACCAACAGAAGAGCAGGGCCUUCUACCGCAUACAGGCGACCCGCAUGAUGAUCGGAGCCGGUAACGUCCUGAAGAGGCACGCGGCCGACAACGCCCGGCGCACAGCCGUGACGGACGAGGAGGCGCCGGAGGUGGAGGACUCGGGAGAGUGCAGCCGCAUCUCGUUCCAAAGCGCCCACAGUCAGUGCAUGGAGAACUGCGGCGUUCUGACGCUGGCUGUCGUCUGCCAGGGAGGUCUGGGAGAGAACACCUUCUACGUGGACUACAGGACAGAGGACGGCUCGGCCAACGCCGGGUCCGAUUACGAGUACAGCGAAGGAACGCUGGUGUUCAAGCCCGGAGAGACCCGCCGGGAGAUUAAGGUCGGUAUCAUCGACGACGACAUAUUCGAAGAGGACGAGCACUUCUUUGUGCGCCUGCUGAAUCUGCGCGUUGGCGACGCCGAGGGGAUGUUCGAGAGCGACGAAGCGGACGCCGGCCCCAAAGGUCGCCUGGUCGAGCCCCUGGUCGCCACGGUGACCAUCCUGGACGACGACCACGCCGGCAUCUUCACGUUCAGGGAGCGCAUGGUGCGGGUGAGCGAGAGCGUGGGCACCAUGGAGGUGACGGUGGUACGCAACUCGGGCGCGCGCGGCACCGUCAUCCUGCCGUACCACAGCGAGUCGGGCACCGCCAAGUCCGGGGAGGACUACGAGGAGGCCCGCGGAGAGCUGGAGUUCACCAACGACCAGACCACUCAGACCUUCCAGGUCAGGAUAAUUGAUGACGAAGAAUACGAAAAACAUGAAAACUUCUUCAUUGUCUUGGAGGAACCCCGCUGGCUUAAGAGAGGAAUCUCAGCUCUGCUGCUCAGCCAAGAGGGGGCGGAGGGGCAGAUGAGCUCCGAGGAGGAGGAGGCCCGGAGGAUAGCCGAGAUGGGGAAACCCAUCCUGGGGGAGCACAGCCGCCUGGAAGUGGUCAUCGAGGAGUCGUACGAGUUCAAGAGCACCGUGGACAAGCUCAUUAAGAAGACCAACCUGGCGCUGGUGAUCGGCACGCACUCCUGGAGGGAGCAGUUUGUGGAGGCGGUCACUGUCAGUGCAGGUGACGGCGACGACGACGAUGACCGUCGCGAGGAACACCUGCCGUCCUGCUACGACUACGUCAUGCAUUUCGUCACCGUCUUCUGGAAGGUCCUGUUCGCCUGCGUCCCGCCCACCGAGUACUGGAACGGCUGGGCCUGCUUCUUGGUCUCCAUCAGCGCCAUCGGCCUCCUCACCGCCGUCAUCGGGGACCUGGCGUCGCACUUCGGCUGCACCAUCGGGCUGAAGGACAGCGUGACCGCCGUGGUGUUUGUGGCGCUGGGAACCUCCAUUCCAGACACGUUUGCCAGCAAAGUAGCCGCCAUGCAGGACCAGCACGCCGACGCGUCCAUCGGCAACGUCACCGGCAGCAACGCCGUCAACGUGUUCCUGGGCAUCGGCGUGGCGUGGUCGGUGGCCGCCAUCUACUGGUGGGCCUUGGGGAAGGAGUUCAAGGUGGACCCGGGCUCGCUGGCCUUCUCCGUCACGCUCUUCACCAUUUUCGCUUUCAUCUGCAUGGGCGUGCUGAUGUUCAGGCGCCGGCCGUCCAUCGGCGGCGAGCUCGGCGGCCCGAGGAGGGCGCGCCUGGUCACCAGCCUGCUGUUCCUGGGCCUGUGGUUCCUCUACAUCCUCUUCUCCAGCCUGGAAGCCUACUGCCACAUCACUGGCUUUUAAAGAAAAACGGGAGAAGUUUACGCAACAACAUUGCACAGCAACACACACAUAUACUUCAACACAUGAAACACGCAGUCAUAAAGGGAUUACUGCUCUUUGACGCGGGGACACUCAGAUACUACAUGUUCAUACACACACUAUACGUCAAAACACAAGCUCUAUGACAACGGCGCGAGAGGAAGUGUUAGUGAGGGUUACUGGGGCAAAGGUGACAGAGGCAUGAAGCAAAGGGAUCGCUUGUGAAGUUAAGAUUUUAGAGGUCGCACAUGGGAGCUGCCGGCAGUAAGCGGCGCACGCCGGAAUAACUAAAUGCAUCUAUCCGAGUCGCGGUGGAAGGAGACCGAGGCGCUCCUCUGUUUCGCCGUCUUUACCCGUGAGUGUUCAAGUCUCUCCCGUGGGAGGCGGAGCGCUGUGUGGACAACAAAAAAGAAAUGACAAAAAAUGGAGUGGAAUGUUUACAACAACAUUGAGCUUGUUUACUACAGGAGGUUCUCAUAAGGUGGUGCUCGUCUAGUACACCGUUUAGAUGAAGGCGGUUCUCCACACACGCUGUAAAUAAUUUAAAAACCAGUGUACUUGUUUGUAUAUAGAGAGUUUAGUGUACUGUCAUGUACAGAAAACCCACUUAAAAAGAAAAGGGGAGUCGGUUUUUUUUUUUAAAUGCACACAGAGGCUGGAAAGCCCCAUCAAUUAACAAUGUGCAGACGGCAUGGGAGGAUUUUAGUGCCAACAUACUAGUAUAUUUGCUCAGCUGACCAAACAAAUCAUUUCAAUAAACUGGUGAAAUGUACAUUUCUGAAGAGCCAUAUCUCUCCAGCAUCCUCUCAGCUGUGUCACAGGAUUUCAUGGAAACCAUGGCACCGUUCUGACAUUGGCAUUUGCGUGUAUAACCGACUACAGCCAAGACUACACCACACUGACGCUUCAAAGUGGCCCCAUUCGAUGCCUUGAGGAGAAACUCUGAAUUAAAUAUGAAUCUAGUAUUCAAGCUUUCAGCUGUACAAAGCUGCACUUUAGUGUGACGUAAAACGUGCUGUGUUUUAUCUCUAGUCGACAAACUGUUAGGUGGGCGAAAAAACUAUGAGCCGUCUGAAUUAUUCAGCAGACUGAUUUACAUUGUCCCCUGUUUACAUGGAGAGUGCGCACACUGUUUAACUAAUCAACAAACUAAGGUCUAUCUACCGUUCUCCAGACUUUGUUUACAGUCUGUGUUUACAGUCAACAAAGGGUCAUUGAAGUCAUAGUAGCAGCGCACAGACGGCGAUGGGGAAACACUGCCCUCCAGGGCCUGUAGUGUCCCAGUAUUGCACGGCCCAACAAAACAAGUCCACAUGCUUCUGAUGGCCGCUAAAUAGAAGUGAAAAAUCAACUUGCAUACCCGCUGUGAAACGCCUACAUUUCAGGGUACUUCAGCUUGUUAACAUAAACCUGAGACGUCAGUGGGUGAAUUAAAUGUUUUAAAUAAAAACAGUCGCAAAACAGCGUUGAGAACCGGCAUCCUUCUGCAGGAGAAAGAUUCAUUCGCAUCGCAGUCAAUGUUCUAUACCAGUCACCUUACAUUUCUAUCGUUUUCACCCACAAACAAACAGGCGCUGUAUAAUAUUAUUGGAAAUAGUCUAUUUGCUUUACCCAUCACUAACUAUACUGUAAAACUUUCUAAAGCAGACUUUGUAUAUUUUACUUGCAGAUACAGCCAAGGCAGAUUUUUUUGUAUACGGUUUAGAGUCGUAUCAAUCUAGACACCGGGAAAUGUAGAUUACAUUAGAUUAGAUUUUGAUACAUUUGAGCGAUGAAGUUUUCCUCUGAACCGCUGAAAUGAUGUAGUGAAACUCUCUACACUCUAUUGCGUUUCUCUUUGUCACUCAUGCUAAUUAUGUAGAUAUGUGUAUUCACGAGAAGAGGUAUGAGUAUGUAGGAGGAAGCUGUGCCCAAGUUGAGGGCGGUGUCGAUGUGCAACACGGAAAACAGUUACGUGUUCUAGUUCGCUUUUUAGGACUCUCAGAGGUCAGUUUACACCCUUUUUUUCUGCGCCCGUGUCCGCUGUCAAUCCGCCAAUGCCCAUUUCUUCGUUCGUUUUUUUGUUCGGUUCUUUGUUCGGUUCUCUCUGAGGAUCAUUUUAUUUUUUUGUUGAGUGUAUUAGCAUGUUUACAUGAGCAACCAGUGUAGAAGAAUAACUCUCUGUAGAUGUUAAUGUUGGCCGCGGAGUAGGUGAGGUUGUAACAGUGGCCUAACUGUAGUCUACUCACUGAACCACCCGAUGGGACCAAGAGUACACACAUCUCACACACACACACACACACGCGCAAAACUGUUGUGUUGACUGGGUGAUGAUGUCAGAGUGUGUACCUGGCAUCGUCCCAGCAGGUGUGGCUCCGCCCCCGAAAACAGCACACUGUCUGGACUGUUUUCCAUGAACUGUCCGGCUUCGGCCCCUUGCUGUUCUGUAGCUAGAUGUGAUGCCUCCCCAUCUAGGAUCUCCUCCUCCCCCAAGUGUGCGUUAGUGUUUGCCUCCCCCAUCUGUGUCCUUCUGCAAGAUGCAUGUUGAAUCCCCCCAGCCCUCCGUGUACGUGUGUUAGUAGCAUGGUCUACUGUGAUGGACGCCUGCUGUAGGCAUUCAGUUUACCCGCGGGGUUAAUGCCCCACAGUGUGAAUCCCAAACACCAGAGGCUCUGUGAGAUGGAAAAGAGCAGGUGGCUCCAUCCAGAUAUGUUGGCUAAUGGAGUCAGUGUCAGCUGCUCUUUAGAUACGAAACCUCUGCUCUGUUGGGUCUUGCCAUGUUUGCAACCGGUAAAAAUUCCGGCUCAUCUGUUUUUGUUUUUGGGUGUAAAAUAUUUCUAUGUCUGUGUUAGUGUCCCCUUCUUCUUCUUCUCCUUCUUCUCCUCCUCCUUCUUGUUCUUUUUCCUACUCCUUGUCCUACUUCUCCUGCUCUGUUGUCUUCUUCUUCUCCGCCUUGUCCUUCUUCCUUGCCUCCUUUCGUCUUCCCCCGCGCUGAUGUCUUCUUCUUCUUGUCCUUCUUCUUCUUCUUCUUCUUCUUCUUCUUCUUCUUCUUCUUCUUCUUCUUCUUCUUCUCCUUUUCUGUCUCCCAUUCACUCCCUCCCAGGUCUUGCUCUUCAAUGUGUCCCCCUGUGCAGUUUUUUCUUGUGAUGAUGAUAAUGUCUCUCUCUCUCUGCCUGAACCUUUGUAGGGAAAUAACGACUAAGUUACUACAAUGUCAUGUGAUAGACCUCAACAUAUAUUCAAUACUGUAAUAAAUGUAUGAACUUGACGAUGAAAUUUAAGUUUUUUUUAAUGAAAUGCUGAAAAAACUUGUUUUUUAGAACAUGGCAUGAGGUGUAAUGUGUUACCGAAAGGAAAUUGAGGUCUUUAGUUAAAUGAAAUUUACCUUAUUUGAAUAUAGUUUAUUUAUUUUCGAGG